AUGCCCCAUAGUAUUAAGCUGAGGUUAUCUCUGGCAACUCCACCCCAGAAAAAAGAGCUGAAGAAGCCUGCUGGUCAUGGCAGAACAGUAACCCCAUGCACACCUCUCAAUGGUGUUGAAGACAAGUCCAAAAAAGAGAACAGAGUGACCAACAGGUGGAAAAAGCAUGGUAUUCUUGUACUAUGGAAAAAGCAGCCUCAGCUCACUGAUGAGCUGCUCACUCUUGUCAAGAGUAAUAUGAAGUGGAUGGUGGCUUUUGGCUUUGACAAGUCAUCUGCUAGCAACAAACCUGGCACACCAUUUGGACCAGCAGAUCUAAAAAAGCUGACAGAAGCUGUGAAAAAUCAUAUUUCAAGCCUUCACACAACUUACAAUGACUACUUCAAGCAGCUUGGUGAGACUGGGCAUGGUCUCAUUGUUUCAGACCAUGAACAUGAAAUUACACCUGUGUCUGAGAUCACAAAUGCCUAUGAUCUCAUUAAAGUGAAGUUUCUAUGGUAUCAAUGGAUGCAUGAGCUUUCAGGCACUAGCCCCAUAGCUAGUCAUGUAGCCAUAUCCAACAGUACUUCAUCUCUUGACCUCCCUGUUCUUGACAGAUUUGAGAAUGAUGCUGAUGUCUUUGAUGAAGGUGGAGACAUCACUGAGAGUGCUCCCCAUGACUCAUCACCAUUGAACAACUCCCAUCUUGGGUCUCCUGGGUUUGAUACUGAAUGGCCACCUAGCAAGGGGGAGGUGACUGCCCCAUUGUCCAUUCCUGAGCCCAAGGUGAAGCUCACAGUGAAACAUCCUGCAUCACCUUGCACAGACCACUCUUCAGUCAAGAGGAAAAAGACCCCACAGGAGCUUGCAUGUGAGAUUGUGGAAGGUGAGCAUGCAGCUCAACUGCAGAUGAGUCUCAAUAGUGCAAAGGAGAUGACUGGAUGGGGGCAUAUCAAGAGGGAAGCUGCAUGA